AGUCUCACCCCUUUUACCUACUGAGGCUUUUGUUGCCUCUAUUCCGAUAGGGUACCUUAAAGAGUUCCCGCUCUAGCUUCAUGCUCUAAAGUCUACUAUCAAAGGAUUUUCGACGCGUAAGAAGGAACCAACAACGGCUCCUGAGGUACGAGACAAAUUCGGCGCAGUUCAAGAUUUAAGGCGCUUACAUGCUUUAGGAUGGCCUUCACUACGGGUCAAUUAUUCUGCACACGAUAUUGUAUGUCAGUAUGGACAUACUAUGCCUCUGGGAUGGAGCACAGGACGAAGGAGUAUUGCCGUUAGCAACGAUGCUGUGGGGAUCGUCUUUGUUUCAUUUGUUUUGUCGACUUUCUCAACUUCAUCCACAAACCCCACUUGGUGUUUAAUCUUAUUGGAGUGGUUCCUAGAUAGGGUCCACACGGGAUAUUCGCGGUCCUCGCCUGGCCUCCCCUGGCGUGCAAAGAUAGCAGACUCGGACGUUUGCCGCCCGUACGGUAGAAGACGGCACAGAUAUUUGGGUAACGGCUGGCUAGCUUCCGCAGGAGAUGAUCUGCAUACUCAUGCAUCUACGCCAACCGACCACUGGUCCCGUCUUCUUGAAUGGGCAAUGAGCGGAUCAGUCGUUUCGGUGGCAUAUCAAGGACAAUUUGAUUGUGUUAAAAACAACAAUUACAAUGAAGAUGGUAUGGGUGAUACCGGAACACUAUACUGGCCGAGAGGUUGGCUGUUCAAUAACCUAGUUGUUCUAAUGGCAUAUUGUCCCUUGAGCAUGAACCCUAGCUCCAGGAGAAAGACCGAGUGGCCACAUCAUUGAUCUUUACGAUCCACAGUACUCCGUAAUCUGUGACCUGUAUACUACAUGAGUGUCAUCUAGUCCGCAUACGAAAGUACUGCAUGGAAGGAUCAAGAUCCUAGGCAAAGUGGCGCUUAAUAUAGUCUGAUAAGGCCGCAAACCCGUCGAGGCCCACCGGCUAUCGUAUGAAUAUUGUAGAAGGAUGCACUAACCCAUGGUCAGCUUCACCGAAUCCACUCUCCAGGGUCAUUAAAGGUUCUCCCCACAACCUUGGUUGCCACCGUUGUCCUAA